AUGAGUCUCAUAAACGCUUCUUUCGUUUACCUCCUAUUCACCACCUCUCUAGUAAUACUGGUUAAUUGUAACUUCGAUGAUAAUGAGAUACUGGGACAGCCUGUCAUCACGUGUGAAUCUGAUACUAUUGAUAUGCAGUUCCGAACACGCAGGCCUUUCACAGGAAAAGUAUUUGUGAGAGGAAAUUACAACAGACCAGAGUGCAGAGUCGAUUAUGGCAGAAGGACAGUCGACGGCCGACCGUUGGGAGGAAUUCGUUUGAAUCAUGGAGCUUGUAAUAUGGACCGUCAAAGGAUGAUAACACCGGAAGGAAUGAUGUUUUCUACAGUUCUAAUCAUAAGCUUUCACCCCUUGUUUGUGACAAAAAUGGAUAAAGCAUAUCAUAUCAAAUGUAUGUAUAAGGAGGCUGUUCGUACUGUGAAAGCUACAUUGGACGUCAGCUCGUUACCAACGGAGUCGAUUGCUGCUGAUGUUCCUAUGCCAACAUGUACCUACACGAUACGCAAAGAUUCAUUAGAUGGCCCUAUACUCCAAAUAGCUCGUGUUGGUGAUCAAAUCGUUCAUCGUUGGCAAUGUGAUUCCGAUGAAUACGGAGUAUUAGUUCAUAAUUGUUUUGUUGAAGAUGGACAUGGACAAAAGCAUCUCAUAAUUGAUGAUAACGGAUGUCACACGGAUCGUUUGUUAUUGGGUGAUCCAACAUAUGUUGAAGCUCUUAAUAUGGCCUAUCGAGAAUCUUUCGUCUUUAAAUUUGCUGAUCGAAUUGAUGUUAGGUUCCAGUGUGAGAUACGCUUAUGUUUGAAAGAAGACGGUGGCUGUGACGACAUAACUCCACCGUUAUGUGUGGAUUCUAAUCGACUAUUCCCUGAAAAGCCACCUGAAUUGAAUGUUAAUAAUACAGUUUCGAGGAGAUUACGAAGAGCUACCAAAAUUGGAGAUUUCAUUUCCCAAACAGUUUAUGUCAUGGACAAAGAUGAUAGUGAGGAUCAGAAAAAAGCUGUUCUUCCAUUGGAAAGUUCUCCUGCUGUUUGUAUGGCUCAACGGUCGCUCAUUUUCUUAGCGACAUGUCUGGCAAUGUCUUUAAUCAUAUCGGCAACACUGGGCUUGUAUGUGUUACACAAACGAUUACAAAGUCCUUUCCACAAGACUCGAUCCAACUACUACUAA